AUGCUUAGUUUGGAAAGUGUGGACUAUAAAUAUCAGAAUGAGAUAACAGAGGUGAAAAUGCGACUGUCUGUAAAAGAUUUUAUGGCACACAAAGAACGAUCAGAAAUGACGUUUUCUCAAAAUAGUCGUAUAGAUGUGUCUUCCCUGAAGCUCCAGUUUUCUGGAAAGGUUGUUGAAAAACUUGUGCGUUAUGCAUUCUCUCACAAUAUUCAAUGUUUGCUCACGGAUAACAUUGAAAUUCCCCUCUCACUAUUCAGUUCCCAGUGUCUCAAACAUCUCAGUUUAAAAAAGGAAUGCAACAUAUAUGUCCUUAAAGCCACAUCAACCUUGGAGCUCCCCGCUUUAGCAACAUUGUAUCUCCAAGUCACUUUCUCUAGUGAUGACCAUACUGACAACUGCGUUGGCCUUUUAUCCGAGUGUCCAAACUUGAAGAAUCUCACCUUAAGAAGAUGUGAAACUAAAGGAUUGAGUUAUUUCGGUAUUUGUCAUCGUGGAUUAUCUGAUCUCACUCUUGAUGAGAUGCUCAAUGAUGUAAAGGUUGUUACUGUGUUUGCACCUCAACUCGAGAAUUUCACUAUUAGAUGCGACAAAUUUAGCCGCCUUGGUCGGGAGCAUGUGAUUUCUGCACCUAAUCUUGCCUCCUUGGCUUAUAGAGGUACCUAUCCUUUACACCUUUCUAUCGAUGCUCAUGACGCUCAUCAGAUAGUUUGUCUGCUUCAACAGCUUCACAGUGUCAAAUUUCUUACACUUAACACGGAAAUUAUUGAGCUUCUUUCUUCAAACGUGGAACUAAUCUCACAUCAACCUUCCCCGUUUGUUAACUUGAAGAGCUUAACUAUUUUUCCGAAAGAGCUUUACGAGGGUGGUCUUCCAAAAGGGAAAGUCAGUUUGUCUACUGAAGUAAAAAACUAUUUGCUAGAUAGUUCACCAGGGGCCACCUUCACAUUGUUUUCCCGUGAGGAGAUUAUAGCUAAGGAGAAUGCCAAGUUGGCACAAGAACUUAUGACAAACUUACAGAGACAGCUAAAGUGGAAGCAAGCUGAAAUCAAGACCAACAAGGCUCAGAUGGAUCGAUGUAAAACACCAUGGGAGAGUGCAGAACUUGGUAUCCAUAGCUAUUGGAGUUAUAUGAGGUUUCAGAUUGAGGAAGGAGAAAAAAACACUAGUCACAUUGUUUCAGAUUUGCGAAGAAUUAAAGAUGUAAUGAUAAAGCUCCCUACUUCAAAGAGGGUUGAGAUGCAAGAAUGUUUUUCUAGUUUGUGUGCAGAAGCGGAAACCGUUGUUAAUAAAAUAAUAGAUCGUGUUAAUUCACAUUUACAGCGUAAUAUGGAGCAUAGCCAUUUUAGUGCGUUCUUUCAAAAGAUAGCUACAAAGUUUCAACCAUCUAUUUAGCAAAUUGUUCCAGUGUUCUUUGUUACCUCCCCAAUGCGAUAGUUAACACUUAACAGCAGGUUCUGCAACUAGAAUCCGAAGGUUCAGAUUUCUGCCUCUCAACUUCUCAAGGUUAAAAGUUUUGCUGAUCAAGUGACUAAUGAUUAUCUAUAAGUACUAGUUACAUAGUCAGAUACUCAGAAUUGUAAUUUGGGACUGGAACAAGUUUUCUUCUUUUAUCUUUGUCGUUGGCUAAUUACCAAUUUCCCCUGUUAGUAUUGGACAUCUGGCAACUCACUACUAAUGAUCAUAAUUGGAAAUGUUUUGAAAUGUUUUUUCUUUUAA